CUCAUCACCGGGUUCUACUCUCGCUUUCCAGGAGGUGGGCCGCCAGCCCCGCCGCCACCACCACCACCGCAGCCACAGGCGGCACCGCCCGCCUGGUCGGUCCAGAACGGCCCCGCCCCCGAGGAGGCGGAGUUUCAGAAAAGGCAGCCAGAGCACCUGGAGCGCCGGGUCUCCAAUGCAGGAGCCCCACCUGCUCCCCCAGCUGGGGGACCGCCUCCACCUCCAGGACCUCCCCCGCCUCCGGGGCCCCCCCCACCCUCUGGUCUGCCCCCCUCGGGGGUCUCCGCUGUAGGGCAUGGAGCAGGGGGAGGCCCACCCCCUCCACCGCCUCUGCCCACAGCAGCUGGCCCCAGUGGUGGAGGAACUGGGGCCCCCGGCCUGGCUGCAGCCAUUGCCGGAGCCAAACUCAGGAAAGUCAGCAAGGAGGAGGCCUCAGGGGGGCCUGCAGCCCCCAAAGCUGAGAGCAGUCGAAGCACAGGGGGCGGGCUCAUGGAGGAGAUGAACGCCAUGCUGGCCCGGAGAAGGAAAGCCACACUAGUUGGGGAGAAACCCCCCAAGGAUGAAUCUGCCAAUGAGGAGCCAGAAGCCAGAGUCCCAGCCCAAAGCGAACCUGUGCGGAGACCCUGGGAGAAGAACAGCACAACCUUGCCAAGGAUGAAGUCCUCGUCUUCAGUGACCACUUCCGAGGCCCACCCCGCUACACCCAGCUCCGGCGAUGAGUCAGACCUGGAGCGGGUGAAACAGGAGUUUCUGGAAGAGGUGAGGAAGGAAUUGCAGAAAGUGAAAGAAGAAAUAAUUGAAGCCUUUGUCCAGGAGCUGAGGAAGAGGGGUUCCCCCUGACCACAGGGCCCCGGAAGACCCCGUUUCUCCUUUCCGCACACCUUGCCUGUCACCCUGCUUUCCCUGCCUCGACUUGACUUGGAAUUGGCUGAAGACUACACAGGAAUGCGUCUUCCCCACUCCUCAUCCCACUUGGAAAAUUCCAAGGGGGUGUGGCUUCUGCCAUGCCCACUCCUAUACUGGCUGCUGAUUGGCUGGGGAGGCCCCCACCCUUUGCUCCCUUUGGUCCUUCCCCUCUGCCAUCCCCCUGGGGCAGGUUCCUCUGCUGGGGAUGUACCAGUUAACCCCACAGUAGGGGGAAGGAAGGAGGGAAUGUCACAUUCCCUUGUUCUAGAUUUCACUUUAAUGCUUAAUGCCUUCAAAUUUUUGUUUUUUUAAGGAAAAAAAUUAUAUAUAUCUAUAUAUAUAUAUUUAGGUUUUGGGGGGAAGGGAAAUUUUUUUCUCUUUGGUUUUGAUAAAAUGGGGAGUUUUUAAAUGCUUUAGCCCCGGGCUUGUCCGAUUCGGGGCAGCUAUUUAAGGGGGAGGAUGUCCCACCAGGCCAGGGGCAUCUCCCUCACCCCAGGGACAUCCCUUCCCUCCGGCUCCUUCCCCUUUUCUAUGAGGAAUUAAGAUGCUGUAACUUUUUGGAACCUCAGUUUUUUGGUUUUUUAUUUGGGUAGGUUUUGGGGUCCAGGCCAUUUUUACCCCCUUAGGGAAAAUAAGAUGAGGGAGAAAGGAAAUGGGGAGGAAAGCUUUCCUCCCCUCUCCCACCUUCACCUUCAGCUUCUUGAAAAUGGGCCCCCGCGGAAUAAAUCUGCCAGUUUUUAUAAAUGCUAA